UAGUCGGCCGAAUACCUUCCACGAAUGAACACGUACGCAUAAGAUAAUAAACCAGUGAUGAAUAAAUGCUUGACAGCACCAUGAAUUUGCUGAGCAUUAGCCGUGCAAUCGUAUAUUACAUUAUUUCCUGGCAGUUAUUGGUUACAUACGCAACUUAUCCAACAUUCAUGUUUAAACAUGUCUUCCCCAAAAACGUUUAUGACGAUAUGAUGAAGUUGCCACAGGAGAAACGAGCUAUAUACCUCCAGAAACAACUAGACCAUCGACAAUACCAGUAUGAAAGAUCAGAUUCGCAUGAGUUUGCUGUUAAGGAUCCGGUAAACACCAGGCCGAUCAAUACUAUGAUAUUCGCUGAUAUUACAGACAUAGAAGGAUCGUUCAAGAAAGGAGAUCCGCCACUCGCCGCGGGCUCUGGUUCUUCUGUACAGUUCUAUGCAUCAAACAAAUCUUUUCGAAUGAUAACAAUUACUAGAGAUGUUGGGAGCAAAGAAAUGACGUUUGUAAACGAUUUAGGAGAAAAGCCCUUUCUUGCACGUUUGGACGGAGAAGGUGGCCCCAUGCAUUUUGAGACCGACAUUAGCACGGAGGAUAGAAAACGUUUACGGAAGUUAGCGUAUAAAAAACAUCUGCGGCAGUUUCAGGCGCAAGAGUCAAAUGGAGACGUUCCAUCCCAAGAGUCCGUAAUCCUAUCACGUGACGAUGCUAGGAAAAAACCCAUUAAGUCAAAGAUAUUGGAAGCGAAAGAAGCUCAAGAAAAAAAAUUGGGCAAAAAACCGGGCAAAAAAUCGAGCAAAAAAUCGAAAGCUAGUUAGAUAGGUCCAGGUGGAUAAGACCUAUAUACGCGAAUAUUUAAAACGUUAUUAUAACUUAUAAAUCGAUUAAAUUCAAAUAAAAGUUAUUAUAUUAAAUUAAUCCA